GGAAAAAGAAAAAGAUAGAAAAGAAAGUGAGCCACUAAACACCAGAUCUCUCUCAAGUCCGUAGAAAGAAAAAGAAAAAAACUUAAAUAAGUGAGCCAGUAAAAAAACUCUCUCACGUCUCAACAGUCAACACUGACACUAAAAUCAAUGGGAGAGGAAGAUAAGAAGAAAACAGAAGAAAAAAUGGAGAAAAAAGCUGAAGAACCACAAGUGAAAAAACCCGAUGAUAAGAAAGAAGAAGAGAAGAAGAAAGAGCCUCAAGAGAUUGUUCUUAAGAUCUUUAUGCAUUGUGAAGGUUGUGCUAAAAAGAUUCAUAGAUGUCUUAAAGGCUUUGAAGGAGUGGAGGAUGUAACAACUGAUUGUAAAACUAGUAAAGUUGUGGUGAAAGGAGAGAAGGCAGAUCCACUAAAAGUGUUGCAGAGAUUGCAAAGAAAGAGCCACCGUCCAGUGGACCUCCUUUCUCCUAUCCCAGAGCCUAAACCGGUUUCAGAUGAACCUGAGAAAAAGGAGGAAAAACCAAAACCUCAAGAGAAAAAAGAAGAGCAGGUAGUGACAGUGGUACUGAGAGUUCACAUGCAUUGUGAAGCAUGUGCCAUGGAGAUCCAAAAGAGAAUCAUGAGAAUGAAAGGAGUGGAGUCUGUGGAACCAGAUUUUAAAGCAUCACAAGUGAGUGUGAAAGGAGUUUUUACACCGGAAAAGCUAGUUGAGUACGUUAACAAGAAAAUCGGGAAGCAUGCUGCGGUUGUCAAGCAAGAUCCGUCCCCAAAACCACCGGAGAAAGAAAAAGAAACAAAAGACAAAGACGAGAAGAAAAAGGAAGAGGAACAACCCAAAGAAAAAAAAGAGGCAAAAGAAGACGGUGGUGGAGUGGCCAAAUCGGCGGCCGGAGAUGGGGGUGCUGCAGCGGGGGAAGGUGACAAAGUGGUGGAUUUAAAGAAGAAUGAGUAUCAAUACCAGCCACCGAGGUAUCCUGUGGAGAUGUUUGCUUAUCCACCACAGAUAUUCAGUGAUGAGAACCCCAACGCUUGUACCAUGAUGUAGUAAAUCGUUUGUUUAAGAAGUUACAACUUUUACUCUAUUUAUGUCGUUAAAUGGAUUUUUUUUUUUAAUUUCAAGCUAAUUAGAUGAUAAUAUUGUUGUCAGUGUUGUAACAUAAACAAGUUUUCCUCCAUGUA